UUCUCCAACCAUUCUGCUCAGCCCUGAGUCACAGCCACGCAGAGGGGAGAGAAGUGAAAAGCACUCAGAGGAGAAGGAGAGAAGAGAAGGGGAGGGAGAGAGCGAGAGAGAGAGAGGGGGUAGAGGGGGAGAGAAAACGCCCUGGAAACUCUGCUGAUAGAGAAAUACUGAAGGAGUGAGAGAGGCUUUUCAGAGACUCCACGUUGAUCUUGGGAAGAAGUGCUUUACUUGGGCUGGGACAGGAGGGGAGAGACCAACUGCCAAGGAUGCUCAAGCUGGUGUGAGAGAGUUGGCGCAAAGACUGCGCAAAGGUAAAUAGAAAUCAAGACGACGGGAGUCAAGGCCUCAGGGGGAAGAACUCUUGGCCUUGGUUGAGCAGCCCCGCGUAAUAUCAAGGCAGACUUUUCAUCACACCAGGGCAUAAAAAGAAAAGGACAUCAAGACCCACACGAUGGCUGAGGAGGAGGAAACCAGGGAGGUGCUCUUUCCAGAUUGGGAGGGUCCAGACAAAACUGGCCUGACCAUAGAGCAGACAGGAGAAGGAGAAAUUUUUGUCAAAGAAGUGAAAGGGGAGUCACCUGCAGCACGGUCUGGAAAAGUAUAUGAAGGGGACCAGAUUGUGGGUGCCACCAUCUAUUUUGACAACAUGAGCUCAGAAGAAACAGCUGACCUACUUAAGACUUUAAAUCGCCACAAGGUUGGACUGAAACUACAAAACAAAGGGGACAAGUCUCCUGGCCGCUCCCCCUUGAGCACGCCUUGUCGAUCACCUAUUGGCACACUGACAUGGGAGGGGAGGAGCCAUUUUGGCGGCUCCAGUCCAGAUAUUGUCCUUAGUGGAGAUGAUGAGGACUACAAGAGAAUAUACACAAAAAAGAUUAAACCAAGGCUGAAGUCUGAAGACCUUGCAGAGGGAGUAGAUGUGCGCACUGAGCGGCACAGCAGUACAAGCAGUGAUGGCAGCACAAUUACCACCAUCACCCGUCGCAUCACUACCUACACUAUGGAUAUGCCAAGUGACAUAAGCGAGCAGGUUGAACUUUCAAGCCCAGAGUUCAAGGGGCUAAGACAUGAAUCAGGGGAGGGCUCCCCUCGUAUAAUAAUUACACAUGGAAGCACCUCAGGUAAAGGGGAUGCAGAAGAGGGAGUUUUUGAGUUAGGCAAUGUUUCUGUCACUGGGCCACAAGUUAGCUCCACAGAAACACACUGGCGCACUGGAGGAGUCAAGACAACAACAAUUACCAGAGAGAUGGAGGGGAAUAGUGGUGCAGGACUGAGAUUUAAGGGGGCAAACUUUGGAAUAUCAGGGAGUAAGGGAAUUUCAAGCCGGAGUGGAGAGCAUGAAGAUAGCACCACUCAGCAGUCAAGCAUGAAUGUGACAGUAAGAGACAGUAUGAACACAGGCAACAAACAAGUUUCAGUAGGAAGUUUAGGAGGAGUGGAAAUACCCUCCACUGGUGUCAAAGGAGGGUCAAUUAAUGUGUCCUUACCGGGAAAAAACACACAUAUUUCCUCUACAUCAGUUGGUAAAGUAGAUGGGGGAAAUGCAGAGAUUCAUUUGGGCGAGAGGGGUAUGGUGGGUAGCCAAGGAUCUAGAAUUACGAUCAGUCACCAACAGACAAAGGGGUCAGGAAUUAGUGGUAUUCCAAGUGUAAGACUUGGUGGGGGUUUCACAGAUUUUGACACUGAACUGAAUGGAGGGAAGAUUGCAGAAGGGUUUAAAGCCCCAACAGUAGACAUUGAUACCUCAGGUAUUUCCUCAAAGACAGGAAUAGAAUUACCAAAUGUGAAAGGGAAUGCAGAUGUUUCAGCUCCUGGACUAAAACAAGACAUUAAACUACCAGAAGUACAUAUUGCAGGGCCAAAGAUCUCAAUACCAGGUGUAGAUACUAACCUUAAAGGUUCAAAGUUGCAGAAGGAGGUUGGUGUUUCAGGCUCUGAAAUGCAAACAACAGAGAUACGUAGAUUUGGGAUGAAAGGACCCAAAAUUGAUGGAAAUGGUAUGGAAGUUAAACUCACUAAAACAGACAUUAACUUGGAUGCACCUAAAGUAAAUGUACCAGGACAAGAAAUUGAUAUCAAAGGGCCAAUCAUCAAGACUUCAUCAAAAUCCAAGGCAAAAAUCUCAAUGCCUGAGGCAAAUCUGAAAGGUGGUGACCUGACUGUUGAUGUAGAUAUGUCCAUUCCAAAGGCCGGGGGAGAUAUUGCUGCACCCAAAGUAGACAUUAGAGGGCCAAAUGUGGACAUCAAAGGUCGUAAGGGUGAAUUCACAGUGUCAUCAUUUGGUAUGAAAGUGCCCAAAGUUGAAAGUCAGGAUGUCAGUAUCAUUCCCCAAAAUGUUGACACUGACAUCAAGGCACCCAAAGUCGACACCGCUAUAAACAUUGAAAAACCAGAAAUUGAAAUUAAAAGAAGAGAAGGUGAAAUGAAAGGCUCAAAGGUGAGGAUACCAUCUUUAUCAGGACCUCAGCUCUCAAUGCCAGAUGUGGACAUUAAUCUCAAAAGUCCAAAGAUUAGCGGAGAUGUUAAUGUGUCAGAUCCAAACAUUCAAGGAGAAAUAAAGGCACCAAAAGUUGAAAUCAAAGGACCAGAUGGGAAGGGUGAAUUCAAUAUUGCAAAAAUAAAGACGCCAUCAUUUGAGCUGAAGGGUCCAGAAGUGCAGGGUCCCAAUAUAGAUAUUAACCUUCACAAAGCUGACAUUGAUAUCAAAGCACCUGAAGUUGACAGGAAAGGGCAAGAGUUUAGUGUUAAAUUUCCUGAGGGCAAAAUCAAAGGAACAACAUUUAAGAUGCCAUCAAUAUCAGGGCCUGAAAUUUCAAAACCAGAUAUUGAUAUCAAUCUGAAAGGGCCCAAAAUGAAGGGAGAUGGGAAAGUAUCAGUGUCUAAGCUUGAAGGAGACAUAAAAUCUCCUGAAAUGGAGAUUAAAGGUCCAAAAGUGAAAGCUGCUGAUGUUAAUAUAAAUCUUCCUAAAAUGGACAUUGACAUUAAAGCAUCUGAUGUUGACAUAAAAGGACCAAAAAUUGAUGUUAAAGGUCCUGAUGGCAAAAUCACAGGGCCCAAGAUGAAGUUGCCAUCGAUAUCUGGUCCAAAGGUUUCUAUGCCAGAUAUGGAUUUCAACCUUAAAGGACAUAAACUGAAGGGAAAUGUGGAUGUAUCGGUGCCAAAGAUUGAAGGAGACAUUAAAUCACCUGAAGUUGAGGUUGAAGGUUCAGAUGUUGAUAUCAAGGGUCCAGAAGGUGGAUUCAAAAUGCCAAAGAUAAAGAUGCCAUCAUUUGGCUUCAAAGGUCCAAAACUGGAGGGUCCUGAUGUCAAUGUUAACCUUCCAAAAACAGAUAUUGACAUUAAAGCACCAGACGUGGACAUCAAAGGACCAGGGAUUGAUGUUGAAGGCCCUGAUGGAAAAAUCAAAGGUGCCAAAUUCAAGAUGCCAUCCAUAACAGGACCAAAGAUUACAAUGCCUGACAUGGACCUAAACCUGAAAGGUCCAAAGCUCAAGGGAGAUGUAGAUGUGUCAGUACCAAACGUGGAUGGAGACAUUAAAGGCCCUAAAGUUGAGAUUGAAGGUCCAGAGGUUGACAUUGAAGGCCCAGAAGGCAGAUUCAAAAUGCCAAAGAUAAAGAUGCCAUCAUUUGGCUUUAAAGGUGAAAAAGUAGAAGGUCCUGAUUGUGAUGUUAACCUUCCCAAACCUGCCAUUGACAAAAAAGCUCCUGAAAUGAACAUCAAAGGACCACAGAUUGAUGUUGAAGGCCCUGAAGGAAAAAUCAAAGGUGCCAAAUUCAAGAUGCCAUCCAUAACAGGACCAAAGAUCACAAUGCCGGACAUGGACCUAAACCUGAAAGGUCCAAAGCUCAAGGGAGAUGUAGACGUGUCAGUACCAAACGUUGAAGGAGCCAUCAAAGGCCCUAAAGUUGACAUUGAUGGUUCGGAGGUCGAAAUUGAAGGUCCAGAAGGUGGAUUCAAAAUACCAAAGAUAAAGAUGCUAUCAUUUGGCAUCAAAGGUCAAAAACUGGAGGGUCCUGAUGUUGACGUUAACCUUCCCAAACCUGCCAUUGAUAUAAAAGCACAAGACGUGGACGUCAAAGGACCAGAGUUUGAGGUUGAAGGCCCUGAAGGAAAAAUUAAAGGCCACAAAUUCAAGAUGCCAUCCAUAUCAGGACCAAAGAUUUCAAUGCCUGAUAUAGACCUCAACCUGAAAGGUCCAAAACUCAAGGGCGAUUUGGAUGUGUCAGUUCCAAAGAUUGAGGGAGAUGUCAAAGGUCCUAAAGUUGAGAUUGAAGGUCCAGAUAUUGACAUUGAAAGACCAGAAGGUGGAUUCAAAAUGCCAAAGAUAAAGAUGCCAUCAUUUGGUUUCAAAGGUCCAAAAGUGGACGGUGCUGAUGUCGAUAUUAACCUUCCCAAAGCAGACAUUGAAAUAAAAGCACCUGAUGUUGACAUCAAAGGACCAGAGUUUGAUGUUGAAGGCCCUGAGGGAAAAAUAAAAGGUCCCAAAUUCAAGAUGCCAUCAAUAUCAGGACCAAAAAUGUCCAUGCCAGAUGUAGAUUUCAACCUAAAAGGACCUAAUAUCAAGGGAGAUGUCGAUGUUUCGGUCCCAAAUAUUGAGGGAGACAUCAAAGCACCUAAAGUUGAGAUUGAAGGUCCAGAUGUUGACAUUGAGGGUCCAGAAGGUGGAUUCAAAAUGCCAAAGAUAAAGAUGCCAUCAUUUGGCUUCAAAGGUCCAAAAUUGGAGGGUCCUGAUGUCGAUGUUAACCUUCCCAAAGCUGAUAUUGACAUAAAAGCACCAGAUGUUGACAUCAAAGGACCAGAGAUUGAUGUUGGAGGUCCUGAAGGAAAAAUCAAAGGUCCCAAAUUCAAGAUACCAUCAAUAACAGGACCAAAGAUUUCAAUGCCAGAUGUUGAUGUUAAUCUAAAAGGACCGAAGAUGAAGGGAGAUGUGGAUGUGUCUGUGUCAAAGAUUGAGGGAGAUGUCAAAGCACCUAAAGUUGAGAUUGGAGGUCCAGAUGUUGACAUUGAGGGUCCAGAAGGUGGAUUCAAAAUGCCAAAGAUAAAGAUGCCAUCAUUUGGCUUCAAAGGUCCAAAAUUGGAGGGUCCUGAUGUCGAUGUUAACCUUCCCAAAGCUGACAUUGACAUAAAAGCACCAGAUGUUGACAUCAAAGGACUAGAGAUUGAUGUUGAAGGACCUGAAGGAAAAAUCAAAGGUCCAAAAUUCAAGAUGCCAUCCAUAUCAGGACCAAAGAUUUCAAUGCCUGAUAUAGACCUCAACCUGAAAGGUCCAAAGCUCAAGGGAGAUGUGGAUGUUUCAGUCCCAAAGAUUGAGGGAGAUGUCAAAGGCCCUAAACUUGAGAUUGAAGGUCCAGAUGUUGACAUUGAGGGUCCAGAAGGUGGAUUCAAAAUGCCAAAGAUAAAGAUGCCAUCAUUUGGCUUCAAAGGUCCAAAAUUGGAGGGUCCUGAUGUCGAUGUUAACCUUCCCAAACCUGACAUUGACAUAAAAGCACCAGACGUUGACAUCAGAGGACCAGAGAUUGAUGUUGAAGGCCCUGAGGGAAAAUUAAAAGGUCCCAAAUUCAAGAUGCCAUCAAUAACAGGACCAAAAAUGUCUAUGCCAAAUGUGGAUUUCAACCUGAAAGGACCUAAAGUUAAGGGAGAUGUGGAUGUUUCAGUGCCAAAGAUUGAGGGAGAUAUCAAAGCACCUAAAGUUGAGAUUGAAGGUCCAGAUGUUGACAUCGAGGGUCCUGAAGGUGGAUUCAAAAUGCCAAAGAUAAAGAUGCCAUCAUUUGGCUUCAAAGGUCCAAAACUGGAAGGUCCUGAUGUCGAUGUUAACCUUCCCAAAACAGAAAUUGACAUAAAAGCACCAGACGUGGAUUUCAAAGGACCGGAAUUUGAUGUUGAAGGCCCUGAAGGAAAAAUCAAAGGUCCCAAAUUCAAGAUGCCAUCCAUUUCAGGACCAAAGAUUUCCAUGCCAGAUGUGGAUUUCAAGCUAAAGGGACCUAAUGUCAAGGGAGAUGUGGAUAUGUCAGUGCCAAAGAUUAAAGGAGACAUAAAAGCACCUAAAGUAGAGAUUGAAAGUUCAGAUGUUGACAUUGAGGGUCCAGAGGGUGGAUUCAAAAUGCCAAAGAUAAAGAUGCCAUCAUUUGGCUUCAAAGGUCCGAAACUGGAGGGUCCUGAUGUCGACGUUAACCUUCCCGAACCUGCUAUUGACUUAAAAGCACCUGAUGUGGACAUCAAAGGACCAGAGAUUGAUGUUGAAGGUCCUGAAGGAAAACUCAAAGGUCACAAAUUCAAGAUGCCAUCCAUAUCAGGACCAAAAAUUUCAAUGCCAGAUAUGGAUUUCAACCUUAAAGGACAUAAACUGAAGGGAAAUGUGGAUGUAUCGGUGUCAAAGAUUGAAGGAGACAUUAAAUCACCUGGAAUUGAGGUUGAAGGUUCAGAUGUUGAUAUCAAGGGUCCAGAAGGUGGAUUCAAAAUGCCAAAGAUAAAGAUGCCAUCAUUUGGCUUCAAAAGUCCAAAACUGGAGGGUCCUGAGGUUGACAUCAACAUUACCAAACCCGAUAUUGAAAUAAAAGCACCCGAUGUUGACAUCAGAGGACCAGAGAUUGAUGUUGAAGGUCCUGAGGGAAAAUUAAAAGGUCCCAAAUUCAAGAUGCCAUCAAUAACAGGACCAAAAAUGUCUAUGCCAAAUGUGGAUUUCAACCUUAAAGGACCUAAAGUCAAGGGAGAUGUGGAUGUUUCAGUACCAGAGAUUGAGGGAGACAUCAAAGCACCUAAAGUUGAGAUUGAAGGUCCAGAUGUUGACAUUGAGGGUCCAGAAGGUGGAUUCAAAAUGCCAAAGAUAAAGAUGCCAUCAUUUGGCUUCAAAGGUCCAAAACUGGAGGGUCCUGAUGUCGAUGUUAACCUUCCCAAAGCUGACAUUAACAUAAAAGCACCUGAUGUUGACAUCAAAGGACCACAGAUUGACGUUGAAGGCCCUGAAGGAAAACUCAAGGGUCCCAAAUUCAAGAUGCCAUCCAUAUCAGGACCAAAGAUUUCAAUGCCUGAUAUAGACCUUAACCUAAAAGGACCUAAUGUUAAGGGAAAUGUGGAUGUUGAUGUUUCAGUGCCAAAGAUUGAGGGAGACAUCAAAGCACCUAAAGUUGAAAUUGAAGGUCCAGAUGUUGACAUUGAGGGUCCAGAAGGUGGAUUCAAAAUGCCAAAGAUAAAGAUGCCAUCAUUUGGCUUCAAAGGACCAAAACUGGAAGGUCCUGAUGUCGAUGUUAACCUUCCUAAGCCUGACAUUGACAUAAACGCACCUGAUGUUGACAUCAAAGGACCAGAGUUUGAUGUUGAAGGUGCUGAAGGAAAAAUUAAAGGUCCCAAAUUCAAGAUGCCAUCAUUAACAGGACCAAAAAUUUCCAUGCCAGAUGUGGAUUUCAACUUGAAAGGCCCAAAGCUAAAGGGAGAUAUGGAUGUGUCAGUUCCAAAGAUUGCGGGAGAUGUCAAAGCACCUAAAGUUGAGAUUGAAGGUCCAGAUGUUGACAUUGAGGGUCCAGAAGGUGGAUUCAAAAUGCCAAAGAUAAAGAUGCCAUCAUUUGGCUUCAAAGGUCCAAAACUUGAGGGUCCUCGUGUUGAUGUUAACCUUCCCAAAGCUGACAUUAACAUAAAAGCACCUGAUGUUGACAUCAAAGGACCACAGAUUGACGUUGAAGGCCCUGAAGGAAAACUCAAGGGUCCCAAAUUCAAGAUGCCAUCCAUAUCAGGACCAAAGAUUUCAAUGCCUGAUAUAGACCUCAGCCUAAAAGGACCUAAUGUUAAGGGAAAUGUGGAUGUUGAUGUUUCAGUUCCAAAGAUUGCGGGAGAUGUCAAAGCACCUAAAGUUGAGAUUGAAGGUCCAGAUGUUGACAUUGAGGGUCCUGAAGGUGGAUUCAAAAUGCCAAAGAUAAAGAUGCCAUCAUUUGGCUUUAAAGGUCCAAAAGUGGAAGGUCUUGAUGUCGAUGUUAACCUUCCCAAACCUGACAUUGAAAUAAAAGCACCUGAUGUUGACAUCAAAGGGCCAGAGUUUGAGGUUGAAGGCCCUGAAGGAAAAAUUAAAGGUCCCAAGUUCAAGAUGCCAUCCAUAUCAGGACCAAAAAUGUCCAUGCCAAAUGUGGAUUUCAACCUGAAAGGCCCAAAACUCAAGGGAGAUGUGGAUGUGUCAGUUCCUAAGAUUGAGGGAGAUGUCAAAGGCCCUAAAGUUGAGAUUGAAGGUCCAGAUGUUGACAUUGAGGGUCCAGAAGGUGGAUUCAAAAUGCCAAAGAUAAAGAUGCCAUCAUUUGGCUUUAAAGGUCCAAAAGUGGAGGGUGCUGAUGUCGAUGUUAACCUUCCCAAACCUGACAUUGAAAUAAAAGCACCUGAUGUUGACAUCAAAGGGCCAGAGUUUGAGGUUGAAGGCCCUGAAGGAAAAAUUAAAGGUCCCAAAUUCAAGAUGCCAUCCAUAUCAGGACCAAAAAUGUCCAUGCCAAAUGUGGAUUUCAACCUGAAAGGCCCAAAGCUCAAGGGAGAUUGGGAUGUGUCAGUUCCUAAGAUUGAGGGAGAUGUCAAAGGCCCUAAAGUUGAGAUUGAAGGUCCAGAUGUUGACAUUGAGGGUCCAGAAGGUGGAUUCAAAAUGCCAAAGAUAAAGAUGCCAUCAUUUGGCUUUAAAGGUCCAAAAGUGGAUGGUGCUGAUGUCGAUGUUAACCUUCCCAAAGCAGACAUUGAAAUAAAAGCACCUGAUGUUGACAUCAAAGGACCAGAGUUUGAUGUUGAAGGCCCUGAAGGAAAAAUCAAAGGUCCCAAAUUCAAGAUGCCAUCAAUAACAGGACCAAAACUUUCCAUGCCAGAUGUGGAUUUCAACCUGAAAGGUCCAAAGCUCAAGGGAGAUUGGGAUGUGUCAGCUCCAAAGAUUGAGGGAGAUGUCCAAGGUCCUAAAGUUGAGAUUGAAGGUCCAAAUGUUGACAUUGAGGGCCCAGAAGGUGGAUUCAAAAUGCCAAAGAUAAAGAUGCCAUCAUUUGGCUUCAAAGGUCCAAAAGUGGACGGUGCUGAUGUCGAUGUUAACCUUCCCAAACCGGACAUUGAAAUAAAAGCACCCGAUGUUGACAUCAAAGGACCAGAGUUUGAUGUUGAAGGCCCUGAAGGAAAAAUUAAAGGUCCCAAAUUCAAGAUGCCAUCAAUAACAGGACCAAAAAUUUCCAUGCCAGAUGUGGAUUUCAACCUUAAAGGUCCAAAGCUUAAGGGAGAUGUGGAUGUGUCAGUUCCAAAGAUUGAGGGAGAUGUCAAAGGCCCUAAAGUUGAGAUUGAAGGUCCAGAUGUUGACAUUGAGGGUCCAGAAGGUGGAUUCAAAAUGCCAAAGAUAAAGAUGCCAUCAUUUGGCUUCAAAGGUCCAAAAGUGGAGGGUCCUGAUGUCGAUGUUAACCUCACUAAACCUGACAUUGACAUAAAAUCACCUCAUGUUGACAUCAAAGGACCAGAGAUUGAUAUCGAAGGCCCUGAGGGCAAACUGAAAGGUCCCAAAUUCAAGAUGCCAUCCAUAUCAGGACCUAAGAUAUCAGUGCCUGAUGUAAAUCUUAACCUUAAAGGUCCAAAGCUCAAGGGCGAUGUGGAUGUUUCAGUCGAGAAGAUUGAGGGAGACAUGAAAUCACCCAAAGUUGAGAUCAAAGGUCCUGGUGUUGAAAUUGAAGGUUCAGAAGGUGGAUUCAAAAUGCCAAAGAUAAAGAUGCCAACAUUUGGCUUCAGAAGUCCCAAAGUUGAAGGACCUGAUGUUGACAUCAACCUUCCCAAAGCAGACAUUGAUAUAAAAGCACCUGAUGUUGACAUCAAAAGUCCGGAGCUAGAAUUUGAAAGUCCAAGUGGUAAAAUUAAAGGACCCAAAUUCAAGAUGCCAUCAAUAACAGGACCAAAGAUUUCUAUGCCAGAUGUGGAUUUCAACCUAAAAGGACCUAAGGUCAAAGGAGAUGUAGAUGUAUCUGUGCCAAAGAUUGAAGGUGAUAUCAAAGCACCUAAAGUUGAGAUCAAAACUCCAGAUGUUGACAUUGAUGGUCCAGAGGGUGGAUUCAAAAUGCCAAAGAUAAAAAUGCCAUCAUUUGGCUUCAAAGGUCCAAAACUGGAAGGUCCUGAUGUCGAUGUUAACCUUCCUCAGCCUGACAUUGACGUAAAAGUACCUGAUGUUGACAUCAAAGGACCAGAGUUUGAUGUUGAGGGCCCUGAAGGAAAAAUCAAAGGUCCCAAAUUCAAGAUGCCAUCCAUAUCAGGACCCAAGAUUUCAAUGCCAGAAUUUGACAUCAAUCUGAAAGGACCUAAGAUCAAGGGAGACAUUGAUAUGUCAGUGCCAAAGAUUGAGGGUGACAUGAAGACACCUGAAGUUGACUUAAAAGGUCCCGAUGUUGACAUUGAGGGUCCAGAGGGUGGAUUUAAAAUGCCUAAAAUCAAAAUGCCGUCAUUUGGCUUUAAAGGUCCAAAAGCUGAGGGGCCUGAUGUUGACAUCAACCUUCCCAAAGGAGACAUUGAUAUCAAAACACCUGAAAUUGACGUUAAACCAGUAAACAUUGAUAUUGAGAGUCCCAGUGGAAAGAUCAAAGGUUCAAAAUUCAAAAUGCCAUCCUUAUCAGGACCUAAGAUUUCAAUGCCAGACGUGGACUUCAACCUUAAAGGACCCAAGAUCAAGGGUGAUGUUGAUGUGUCUGGUCCCAGAAUUGAGGGAGAAAUAAAGUCUCCUGAAGUAGAUAUCAAAGCACCUGAUGUUAAUAUUGAAGGGCCAGAAGGUGGAUUCAAAAUGCCAAAGAUUAAGAUGCCAUCAUUUGGCUUUAAAAGUACAAAAGUAGAAGGUCCAGAUGUUGAUAUCAACCUUCCCAAAACUGAUGUUGAUAUCAAAGCACCUGAUAUUGAUGUCAAAGGACCAAAAGUUGAUGUUGAAAGUCCUGGUGUUAAAAUCAAGGGGCCAAAGUUCAAGAUGCCAACAAUAUCAGGUCCUAAGAUUUCCAUGCCAGAUGUCGACUUCAAUCUCAAAAGUCCAAAGACAAAGGGAGACAUCUCUGUUUCAGUUCCAAAGAUUGAGGGAGAAAUGAAAGCACCUGAGGUUGACAUCAAAGGUCCAGAUAUUGAUGUUGAAGGAGGAAAAAUCAAAGGACCUAAACUCAAAAUGCCAUCCAUAUCAGGACCCAAGCUUUCAAUGCCAGAUUUCGAUAUCAAAGGGCCCAAGGUCAAAGGAGAUCUGGACGUGUCUGUGCCAAAGUUGGAGGGUGACUUUCAGACACCUGAAGUUGACAUCAAAGGUCCAGAUGUUGACAUUGAGUGCCCAGAGGGUGGAUUUAAAAUGCCUAAAAUGAAAAUGCCAUCAUUUGGCUUUAAAGGUCCGAAACUCGAGGGUCCUGAUGUUGAUAUCAACCUUCCCAAAACUGACUUUGACAUCAAAGCACCUGAUUUUGAUGUAGAAGGACCGGAAUUUGAUGUUGAAGGUCCCGAAGGCAAAAUCAAAGGACCCAAAUUCAAGAUGCCAUCCAUAUCAGGGCCAAAGAUUUCAAUGCCAGAUUUUGAUUUCAACCUAAAAGGUCCUAAGAUAAAGGGGGACCUGGAUCUGUCAGGUCCAAAGAUUGGGGGAGAUUCAAACAUUGACAUCGAAGGACCAGAUGUGAAUAUUGAAGGUCCAGAAGGUGGAUUUAAAAUGCCAAAGAUAAAGAUGCCAUCAUUUGGCUUCAAAGGUCCAAAAGUAGAAGGUCCUGAUUUUGAUGUUAACCUUCCUAAGCCUGACAUUGACAUAAAAGCACCUGAUGUUGACAUCAAAGGACCAGAGUUUGAUGUUGAAGGCCCGGAAGGCAAAAUCAAAGGACCCAAAUUCAAGAUGCCAUCCAUAUCAGGGCCAAAGAUUUCAAUGCCAGAUUUAGAUUUUAACCUUAAAGGACCUAAGUUAAAGGGCGAUCUGGAUCUGUCAGGUCCAAAGAUUGGGGGAGAUUCAAACAUUGACAUCGAAGGACCAGAUGUGAAUAUUGAAGGUCCAGAAGGUGGAUUUAAAAUGCCAAAGAUAAAGAUGCCAUCAUUUGGCUUCAAAGGUCCAAAAGUAGAAGGUCCUGAUUUUGAUGUUAACCUUCAUAAGCCUGACAUUGACAUAAAAGCACCUGAUGUUGACAUCAAAGGACCAGAGUUUGAUGUUGAGGGCCCUGAAGGAAAAAUCAAAGGUCCAAAAUUCAAGAUGCCAUCACUAUCAGGACCCAAGAUUUCAAUGCCAGAUUUUGACACCAAUCUGAAAGGACCUAGGAUCAAGGGAGACGUUGAUGUGUCAGUGCCAAAGAUUGAGGGUGACAUGAAGACACCUGAAUUUGACAUCAAAGGUCCAGAUGUUGACAUUGAGGGCCCAGAGGGUGGAUUUAAAAUGCCUAAAAUCAAAAUGCCAUCAUUUGGCUUCAAAGGUCCAAAAGUAGAAGGUCCUGAUGUUGAUCUCAACCUUCCCAAAACUGACAUUAACAUCAAAGCACCUGGUGUUGAUGUAGAAGGACCAGAAAUUGAUUUUGAAGGUCCCGAAGGCAAAAUUAAAGGACCCAAAUUCAAGAUGCCAUCCAUAUCAGGGCCAAAUCUUUCAAUGCCAGAUUUUGAUUUCAACCUAAAAGGUCCUAAGUUAAAGGGGGAUCUGGAUGUGUCAGGUCCAAAGAUUGAAGGUGACAUAGAGGUACCCAAAGUAGACAUUGAAGCUCCAGAUGUUAAUAUUGAAGGCCCAGAAGGUGGAUUUAAAAUGCCAAAGAUAAAGAUGCCAUCAUUUGGCUUCAAAGGUCCAAAAGUAGAAGGACCUGAUGUUGAUAUCAACUUUCCCAAAGGUGAUGUUGACAUGAAAGCCCCUGAAGUUGACAUCAAAGGACCGGAAUUUGAUGUUGAAGGACCUGAAGGCAAAAUCAAAGGACCCAAAUUCAAAAUGCCAUCCAUAUCAGGACCCAAGCUUUCAAUGCCAGAUUUUGAUAUCAACUUUAAAGGUUCCAAAGUCAAGGGAGAUCUCGAUGUGUCUGUGCCAAAUAUUGAGGGUGACUUUCAGACCCCUGAAGUUGACAUCCAAGGUCCAGAUGUUGACAUUGAGGGCCCAGAGGGUGGAUUUAAAAUGCCUAAAAUGAAAAUGCCAUCAUUUGGCUUUAAAGGUCCAAAACUUGAGGGUCCUGAUGUCGAUCUCAGCCUUACCAAACCUGACAUUAGCAUCAAAGCACCUGGUGUUGCUGUAGAAGGACCAGAAAUUGAUUUUGAAGGUCCCGAGGGUAAAAUUAAAGGACCCAAAUUCAAGAUGCCAUCCAUAUCAGGGCCAAAGAUUUCAAAGCCAGACUUAGAUUUCAACCUAAAAGGUCCUAAGUUAAAGGGGGAUCUGGAUGUGUCAGGUCCAAAGAUUGAGGGUGACAUAGAGGUACCCAAAGUAGACAUUGAAGGACCAGAUGUUAAUAUUGAAGGCCCAGAAGGUGGAUUUAAAAUGCCAAAGAUAAAGAUGCCAUCAUUUGGCUUCAAAGGUCCAAAAGUAGAAGGUCCUGGUGUCGAUGUUAAUCUUCCUAAGCCUGACAUUGACAUAAAAGCACCUGAUGUUGACAUCAAAGGACCAGAGUUUGAUGUUGAAGGCCCUGAAGGAAAAAUCAAAGGUCCAAAAUUCAAGAUGCCAUCAAUGUCAGGACCCAAGAUUUCAAUGCCAGAUUUUGACAUCAAUCUGAAAAGACCUAGGAUCAAGGGAGACGUUGAUGUGUCAGUGCCAAAGAUUGAGGGUGACAUGAAGACACCUGAAGUUGACAUCAAAGGUCCCGAUGUUGACAUUGAGGGUCCAGAGGGUGGAUUUAAAAUGCCUAAAAUCAAAAUGCCAUCUUUUGGCUUCAAAGGUCCAAAGCUGGAAGGUUCUGAUGUUGACCUAAAUCUCCCAAAAGCUGACAUUAAUGUGAAUUUACCUGAUGUUGACAUCAAAGCACCAGAGAUUGACAUUGAAGGCCCUGAUGGUAAAAUCAGAGGACCCAAAUUCAAGAUGCCAUCCAUCUCAGGACCAGAUAUUUCAAUGCCUGACCUGAAUCUUAAAAUUCCCAAGCUUAAGGGAGAUGCUGAUGUGUCAGUGCCUCGUGUUGAGGGUGACAUAAAGACACCCAAGGUAGACAUUCAAGCUCCUAAUGUGAACAUCGAAUCUCCAGAGGGACAGCUCAAAGGGCCAAAGUUCAAGCUGCCAUCAAUAACUGGGCCUAAAAUAUCCUUGCCUGAUGUUGACUUCAAUCUCAAAGGACCAAAGCUGAAGGGAGACAUCGAGGGUGAUAUUGAUAUGUCAAAGAAGGAAAUUGAGGGGCCAGAUAUAACAAUUGACAGUCCCGAACUUGCACCAAAAAAGACAAAGUUCAAAAUGCCAAGAUUUGGAUUCAAAGGUCCAAAGGUAAAAGCUCCUGAUAUGGAUAUCAAUAUCAAAGGGCCGAAAGUCAAAGGUGACCUCGAUGUUUCUGUUCCUUCCACUGAAGCUGAUAUAAAAUCUCCUCAGAUUGAUGGAGGUUCUCUAGAUGUCGAUGUAAAGACUUCUGAUUCUGGUUUUCGAAUGCCAAAAUUCAAAAUGCCCAAAUUUGGGUUUAAAGGCCCAAAGGUUGAAAUGCCAGAGGUUGAUGUUAACCUUCCCAAAGCUGAUGUUGAUGUCAAAGUUCCAUCUGUUGACCUUAAAGGACCCAAACUGGAAAUUGAGGGGCUUAAAGGAAAGAGCCCCAAAAUCUCCACACCGGAUAUUGACUUCAAUGUGAAGGGACCAACACUGACAGGAGAUGUAGAUGUGUCACUGCCAAAGAUUGACAGGGAUAUCAAGGGACCUGAAAUUGAUAUUGAGGGUCCAGAAGGUAAAAUGAAGGGGCCAAAGUUCAAAAUGCCAUCACUCAGUGGCCCUAAAAUUUCCAUUCCUGAUGUGGACUUUAAUCUUAAAGGACCUAAACUAAAAGGAGAUGUGGACAUGUCUUUGCCGAAGGUAGAAGGAGAAAUAAAGGCACCAAAAGUUGAUAUUGAAGGGCCAAAUAUCGACAUUGAAGGUCCAGAUGGUGGUUUUAAAAUGCCAAAAAUAAAAAUGCCAUCUUUUGGAAUCAAAGGCUCAAAACUGGAAGGACCAGAUUUGAAUGUAAGUCCUCCCAAAGUUGAUGUUGAUGUCAAAGGUCCAGAGAUUGACAUUGAGGGUGUUGAUGGUAGGAUCAAAGGACCUAAGUUUAAGAUGCCAACCAUCUCAGGACCAAAGAUUUCUAUGCCAGACUUGGAUAUCAAUCUGAAAGGACCUAAAAUGAAGGGAGAUGUGGAUGUGUCUGUGCCAAAGAUUGAGGGAGACAUCAAAGCACCUAAAGUUGAGAUUGAAGGUCCAGAUGUUGACAUUGAGGGUCCAGAAGGUGGAUUCAAAAUGCCAAAGAUAAAAAUGCCAUCAUUUGGCUUCAAAGGUCCAAAACUGGAAGGUCCUGAUGUCGAUGUUAACCUUCCUAAGCCUGACAUUGACAUAAACGUACCCGAUGUUGACAUCAAAGGACCAGAGUUUGAUGUUGAGGGCCCUGAAGGAAAAAUCAAAGGUCCCAAAUUCAAGAUGCCAUCCAUAUCAGGACCCAAGAUUUCAAUGCCAGAAUUUGACAUCAAUCUGAAAGGACCUAAGAUCAAGGGAGACAUUGAUAUGUCAGUGCCAAAGAUUGAGGGUGACAUGAAGACACCUGAAGUUGACUUAAAAGGUCCCGAUGUUGACAUUGAGGGUCCAGAGGGUGGAUUUAAAAUGCCUAAAAUCAAAAUGCCAUCAUUUGGCUUUAAAGGUCCGAAGGUUGAGGGUCCUGAUGUUGACAUUAACAUUCCCAAAGCUGAUAUUGAUAUCAAAGCACCUGAUGUUGACAUCAAAUGCCCAGAAAUUGAUGUUGAAUGUCCUGAAGGAAAAAUCAAAGGACCCAAAUUCAAGAUGCCAUCAAUAUCAGGACCCAAGAUUUCAAUGCCAGAAUUUGACAUCAAUCUUAAAGGGCCAAAGAUCAAGGGAGACAUUGACGUGUCAGUGCCAAAGAUUGAGGGUGACAUGAAGACACCUGAAGUUGACUUAGAAGGUCCCGAUGUUGACAUUGAGGGUCCAGAGGGUGGAUUUAAAAUGCCUAAAAUCAAAAUGCCAUCAUUUGGCUUUAAAGGUCCAAAGGUUGAGGGUCCUGAUGUUGACAUCAACCUCCCCAAAGCUGAUAUUGAUAUCGAAGCACCUGAUCUUGACAUCAAAGGCCCAGAAAUUGAUGUUGAAGGCCCUGAAGGAAAAAUCAAAGGAACCAAAUUCAAGAUGCCAUCCAUAUCGGGACCCAAGAUUUCAAUGCCAGAUUUUGACAUCAACCUGAAAGCGCCAAGGAUCAAGGGAGACAUUGAUAUAUCAGCACCAAAGAUUGAGGGUGACAUGAAGACACCUGAAGUUGACUUAAAAGGUCCCGAUGUUGACAUUGAGGGUCCAGAGGGUGGAUUUAAAAUGCCUAAACUCAAAAUGCCAUCAUUUGGCUUUAAAGGUCCAAAGGUUGAGGGUCCUGAUGUUGACAUCAACCUUCCCAAAGGUGACAUCAAUAUAAAAACCCCGGGAGUUGACAUCCAAGGCCCAGAAAUUGAUGUUGAAGGUCCUGAAGGAAACAUCAAAGGGCCCAAAUUCAAGAUGCCAACAAUAUCAGGCCCAAAAAUCUCUAUGCCAGACGUUGGCUUGAAUUUGAAGGGUCCCAAACUUAAGGAAGAUUUUAGUGUGUCUGGUCCAAAAGUGGAAGGCGAUUUCAAGGCACCUAAAUUGGACAUUGAAGGGCCAGAUGUUAACAUUGAAGGCCCUGAGGGUGGUUUCAAGAUGCCAAAAAUGAAGAUGCCUUCAUUUGGUUUCAAAGGGCCAAAAGUGGAAGGUCCAGAUGUGAAUGCUAGCCUCCACAAAGGUGACAUUAAGAUUGAUGCACCCAGUAUCGAUAUCAAUGCACCCAAAAUAGAUAUUGAGGGGCCUGAAGGUAAAAUUAAAGGACCUAAAUUCAAGAUGCCAUCCAUCUCAGGACCCAAUAUUUCAGUGCCAGAUUUUGAUGUAAAUCUGAAAAAACCCAAGCUGAAGGGAGAUAUGGAUAUGUCACUGCCAAAUAUUGAGGGAGACAUCAAAGCACCCAAAGUGGAUAUUGAAGUUCCCGAUGUUCAUAUUGAAAGCUCAGAAGGUGGAUUUAAGAUGCCAAAGAUAAAGUUGCCAUCUUUUGAUGUCAGAGGUCCAAAACUAGAAGGUCAGGAUAUCAAUAUCAAUAUCCCCAAAGCUGACAUUGACAUAAAAGCACCUAAAGUUGACGCCAGAGGUCCCCAAAUCGAUGUUGAAGGACUUGAUGGAAAAAUCAAAGGGCCCAAAUUAAAAAUGCCAUCAAUAUCAGGGCCAAAGAUUUCAAUGCCUGAUUUAGAUAUAAACCUCAAAGGGCCAAAGAUCAAAGGAGAUGUGGAUGUGUCAGUGCCAAAGAUUGAGGGAGACAUCAAAGCACCAAAGGUUGAAAUUGAAGGUCCAGAAGGUGGAUUCAAAAUACCUAAAAUCAAAAUGCCAACCUUUGGUGUCAAAGGUCCAAAGGUUGAGGGACCUGAUGUUGAUAUCAGCCUUCCCAAAACUGACAUUGACUUCAAAGCACCUGGUAUUGAUGUAGAAGGACCAGAAUUUGAUGUUGAAGGACCUGGAGGCAAAGUCAAAGGACCCAAAUUCAAACUGCCAUCUAUAUCAGGACCCAAGAUUUCAAUGCCAGAUAUCGACAUCAACUUGAAAGGGCCAAAGAUCAAGGGAGACGUUGAUGUGUCAGCGCCAAAUAUUGGGGGUGACUUUCAGACACCUGAAGUUGACUUAAAAGGUCCCAAUGUUGACAUUGAGGGUCCAGAGGGUGGAUUUAAAAUGCCUAAACUCAAGAUGCCAUCAUUUGGCUUUAAAGGUCCAAAAGUUGAGGGUCCUGAUGUUGACAUCAAUCUUCCCAAAGCUGACAUCGCUGUUAAAGCACCUGGAUUUGAUGUCAAAGGCCCAGAAAUUGAUGUAGAGCACCCUGAAGGAAAAGUCAAAGGAUCAACAUUCAAAAUGCCAUCAAUAUCAGGACCUAAACUUUCCAUGCCCAGUGUUGAUAUCAACUUGAAAGGUCCUAAGGUUAAGGGGGAUGUGGAUUUGUCACUGCCAAAGGUUGAAGGAGACAUCAAAGGUCCGGACAUAGACAUCCAUAGACCUAAAGUUGACAUUAGGAGUCCUGAAGGGGAUAUUGACAUAAGUCCUCCAAACAUUGACAUUAGAGGACCUGAAAUUGACAUCAAAGGGCCAGAGGGUAAAAUCAAAGGACCAAAAUUCAACAAGCCAUCAAUAUCUGGCCCUGGUAUUACAGUGCCUGGCAUUAACCUGAAAGGUCCUAAGGUGAAGGGAGAUAUCAAAGUUCCAGAUGUAAACAUAGAAGCUCCAGGCAUCAACAUUGAAGGGGGAACAUUUGACAUUGAAAAACCUAGUGUUACAUUUCCCAAAUUUAAAGGUCCCAAAUUUGGAAUCAAGUCCCCAGAAUCUGAAGGGCUCGAUGUUAAGACACCCAAGUUCAAUAUCGGAGCCAAAAGCCCCAAAACCUCAGUUAGUCUCCCAGAUGUUGAGGCAAGUGUGGAUGCUCCUGACUUGGACAUCAAUGUCAAGGGAAAGAAGGGCAAAUUCAGACUUCCUAAAGUGAAAGGAAAAGCAAAGAAACCUGAAGUUGACAUCGAAACACCAAAAGUAGAUUUGGAUGUGGACACAUCAGAUGUUCAUUUAAAAGGAACAAAGGGAAAGAAGCAUCUGUUUGGUAAACUUCAUUUUCCUGAUGUGGAACUUGAUAUCAAGUCACCCAAAGUGAAAGCUGAUGGCGCUUUAUCAGAGGGAUUGAAAUUAUCUGGAACAGAUUUGCCAUCAGCCAGUCUAAAUGCAAGCAUUGAGGGUUCAGGUAUUGACAGUCCAAGUGUUCGUCUGGAAGGUACAGAUGUGAAACUAAAGACACCUAAGGUCAAAGCACCAAAUGUCCCUGAUUUUGAUGUAAAUGUAGAGGGGACCAUGUCAGCAGGUUUGAAAGAUCCAAAACUAAAUGUUAAAAGAGAUGGUUCAGGGAGCAACACAUCUGUUGACCUUCAGUAUCCAGAGGGUUCUAUAACAUUUCCCAAACUCAAGGUUCCAAAGUUUGGGAUUGCUCUGCCAAAGGUAGAAAGUCAGGAACAUGCAGCAAAUGUUGAGUCACAAGCAGCAGCUGGUGGAGAUGUAAACAUACAGUCUCCAUCUGUUAGUUGCCAUAUAAAUAAAGUUCCUAGUCCAGAAUUGAAGCACCGUGAAGGAAAAGUAAAGGUCAAGAUGCCUAAAUUCUUUGGCAAAUCAAAAGCAAAAGGUGGUAGUGCAGUUGAUUUAAGUCUUGGUGGACCAGAUGUAGAACUGAGUGGCAGUGGAAAGGCUGGGAAAGUCUCUAAAGAUUUAAGUUUAAGUUCUGGGGAGUUGGUGAGUGGAAAGUUAGAAGUAGAGGGAAGUUCUGGGUUCAGCGUGUCACCUAAGGGAAAAUCUGCCUCACUGGAUCUAUUUAAGAGAUCAAGACAUCGAUCUUCUUCUCUGAGUGAUGAGGGAGGACUUGCUGUCAGCUCACCAUCGGCUCACCUAGAAGCAGAGGGUGGAGACAUUUCUUUAGAUCUAGGGGGUGCCAAAGUUAAAGGAAAGAAAGGCAAGUUGAAGUUUGGCACCUUUGGUGGGUUUGGUUCAAAGUCAAAGGGCUCAUAUGAAGUGACACUUGGGGAAGACAGUGAAGCAAAUGUAGAAGGAGGUGCAGGUGUUUCUCUCCCAUCCAAAAAAUCUAGACUGUCUUCAUCCUCCAGUAGUGACAGUGGGUCUAGAGGGGGUUUCCGAUUCCCAAGGGUUGAACUGUCCGUGUCACCAAAAAAAUAAUGAAUUAUGAGGUUGAUUAAACUCUCUCAUGUACACCUCCACACCCUCUUCCAGAAAUUAUUAAUCCUUAACAGUUAAGGUAUUAAAAGUGUUGAAGAUGUUCACACUCACCUUAUUUUAGUUAAUUCACUGUAACUUUCCAAAUUUCAUUCAUCUCACAGGAGUACAUGAGAUCGUUUAAAAUCCCAUCAACUGUAAAUAAGAUGAAUUUGUAUUGUAAUAUUAAAUAUUGUUUUUGUACAUAGUCAAAAUUUAUUGAACAUAUACCUUCUCACUAAAUUCACACAUACAGUGUCUUGCAUAGUUUGCCCAGUUGUCUUAUUGCAUUCUAUUAAAUGAAUGUUUCUAAGAAAAGGUGUGGUAUAAUUGCAUCCAGGUUGUGCUAGAUAAGAUAUAGUUACAAUAGUUAUUUCUAAGAAAAAGAUUUUUUUACACCAAGGCACGAAGCAAAAAUAUAAGUCUACCUGUUUUUAUGUAUGAAAUAAUUCAUUUUGUUUUGAAGCUUUGAAAUUAUAUAAUCAGUGCCAAAACAUAUUUACUCAUUGUAGAGCUGGCCUUUCAUAACAUGAAUGUUGUAAAGACCAUAAUUGCAAAGACAAUCAGUGUCUCUGGAAACUACCAACUCUAUAAACUGCUGUCAAUACUUUGUCAUUCAUUUUUUUAUGAGUCUGUGCACCCAUAUACUUUCUUCCAUUUACAAAAAAAAACAAAAAAAAAAAACAAAACAAAACUUUGCACUUGCUUCAUAUGGUUGUAAUAAUGUUUUAAGUUUCUCAGUCUUGUUUCAUUUCCACUCUUAUUUGUUUAUUUGGUCCUCUGUAUAUUUCUUUCACUGUCUUCAUCUCUCCUUGUACAUCAAUCUCCUUGUGGUAUUUGACUAUGCAAGGCAAUGUCAUGACUAUCAGUAAAAAUGUCACAAGUGAGCAAUAACUCUGAACUCAUGUCAGUUGUUUGCUAAAAGAAAUCAGGGUUGAUUUUUUGAGGUAAAGGUAAAGGAGUUGCAUAGUUCUGACAUGAUUUGAUAGAGAUGGGGUUAUGAUUCUUUUGGAUCUAGCUUGUUUGUCUGUGUGCCUUCUGCAAAAAAAUCAAAUAAACAGUUGAGUAAUA